CUUUUGUCCCUGACAGUUACUCCUAGUGGCUUCUUUGAGCAUCCUCGUUCUUUCGUACCAAAAAGUACAUUCAAUUUAAUUUUUGAUUCUUUCGAUUUUCCUCCUAUCUCUGUCGCAUCUCUUCCUCCUUUCGCAUGCGCCAUGGUUGCGCCAGCUGUCCCCGAAUUAUACGAGGAGGAGGAUAUCUUUGCGGCGGUCGAGGCGCGCACAGAAUCGUUACAGAAUCUCCGAGAAUUAGGUCCCCCGGAUUUGGUGUAUCUGGUCAAACAGCCCAAGUCGAACACGGGCCGUCAGCAGACGGGGGUUUAUCACCAUGUUACCGGAAUCGAUGCUUCGUCCUCCGCCAGCCUGGCUGCCUACGUAAAUACGUUGACGUUUUCUCCCCUGGACAAAACCCACAAAGUGGUCUCGGGGAUCUAUUGUUGUUAUAACGCCUUUUCCCACCUGGACAUGCGUGUCGAAGUUAAGAUCCCGGGAAGCCUGGAAAGCUAUUGCAUCGACGAGCGCGGGGAGCAGCGUGUUGCCACCGAGGCCCUAUGGCUGGAAACAUUCUUGUGCGGUAUCUUGAGGGCCUACUCCUACGCGGAUAAUGGUAGCGGGGAUUCCAUCCGGAAGAUUGUUGGCGUUCGCCGGUUCAACCCCGUCACGAACACGGAGAUGGAGCACAAGUUCCUGGACGCCGCAGAGAGGCUGUUCUUCUUGGGACGGCAACUUAGCUCCGACCCCGAAACCCAAGUACCGAAUACCGUCAGCAAUCACCUCACAUCGGGCCUUCUGAAAUACAUCCAGACCACCGGGCGCUACACUUCGGGAAUCAACCUGUUUGAGAAGCUUCGCACAAGAGACGUGGAAGUCUCGUCGCUACUCGCCCAGGUCAUGCUCAUGGCGGACGAGGAGGUUCAAGCGGUGCGGUUGAUGUAUGACUCCUUACAGGACGUCCCGAUGGACUAUUCCUUGCUCGACUGCCAGGCCUUGUUCUGCAAGAACAAGGGCGAGGGAGAGAUGGCUCUGGAAUGCGCGAAACGCGCCGUCACUGCUGCGCCCAGCGAAUUCAGCACCUGGGCCCGACUGGCGGAGGUGUACGUGGGGUUGGAACAGUGGGACCUGGCGCUCCUCACGCUGAACUCCUGUCCGAUGUUCACGUACCAGGAUAAAGACACGCCCCGCAUGCCCCAGCCGUCUCGCAUUAUGCUCCCGAUCUUAGCGGAGAGCAUGUUGGAUGAGAUCGACGAGGGCCAGCCGCGGCAGGGCGACCCCCACGACUACGUGCACCCGUCCCUGCGGAGACUCCAUGCUGCGACGUACCAGGGGACAUUCCUCAAGGCUUACAACCUCCUGACGAAGAUCACGGCCGCGAUCGGGUGGGACCAGCUCCUCAAGAUCCGCAGCGAAGUCUUCGUCAUGGAAGAGGAGUACCGGGUCGAGCGUCAGCAUUCCACGUCGAAGGUGUCGCCGUCCAUCGGUUCUGGCGCGAACGAAGAGAGCGAAGACGCGAGAGACGCCGAGAAGGGCGCUGGUGACGAAGACGCGCAGACGCAGUCCGAGACCGCCACGAACGGCGACAAAGCAUCGGAGGUCACCGUCGAGCGACCGGAGCAAACCGUGGCGUCGGCGGUGGUCAAAUCCGGCCGCGACGAUCCCGACCCUUCGCACGCAUCCUACACCCAGUUCCAGAACAAGCGUCUCUGCGAGCGCUGGCUGGACAACCUGUUCAUGGUCCUCUACGAGGACCUCCGCAUCUAUACCAUCUGGCGAACGGAGAUGGCCCAAUUCCGACAGCAGGCGAUCGAGUACAAGAAGUCCGCGACGGAAUGGGAGAUCCUCGGCGAACUCGCCGAGCGACUGCACCACUUCGACGAAGGCAUCGAAGCCUACCAGCACUGUCUGGAGAUCCGGUUCUCGCCCAAGGCCAUGCGGGGAGUGCUGAAGCUGUACGAAAAGCGCAACGACACCCGGUCCAUGCUGGGCGCAUUGAUCCGGUUGAUUGCCUGGCAAUACCGGUGGUAUUCUGAGUUCUCCCCCGAACUACUCUACCUCAUCCGCAAGCUCAUCGAAGACGAAGGCGCCGUCAAGGUGCGCAGUAUAGUCCAGGCCACUAACCUGUCUCAGCCGGUCCUGGAUCUCACACACCAGUACUGCCAACUAUGCGCGACUUUCCGCAGCAGCGGCAGUGAUGGCUGAUUUUCUUUUUCUUCUUCUCCUUAUUUCAUUUAAUCUCAUUUCUUACCCUAUUUCUAUACUCUUUAUUUUCUCUACAAUAGUCCCGGACGGGACAGUCUCUCCUAUAGAUUACUUAGGCAGGGGAGGGAUGGAAAAAAGGGAUUGGGAGAGAGUCAAUGUUUCCAGCGUGGCUGCAGCGAAUACACGAAAAUGGGGAUGUUUUUUUGAUUUGUGUAGUCGGUACACUUGUUAUAGGUAGGUAGUUAUAGGCAGG